CGGGGAUGGCUGUGCCGGGGCAGGGCGCGGGGGCUGCGCGGUGCCGCGGGAGGCUCCCGCCGCCGCUGCUGCUGCUGCUGCUGGGCCUGGCGGCAUUGUUGCCAGUGUGCAUGUACUCACUGAAGGUGUCUCCACUCAUAGAAAAAAUAAGUGACCACAAGGAUUUUAAGAAGCUUCUCAGGACACGGAAUAAUGUGCUAGUGCUGUAUUCCAAAUCUGCUGCUGCUGCAGAAAGCUCACUCAGGUUACUGUCCAGCGUGGCCCAGGAGGUGAAGGGACGAGGUACUAUAAGCUGGAUAGACUGUGGUGAUACUGAAAGCCGAAAAUUAUGCAAGAAGAUGAAAGUAGAUCCCAAUUCAAAGGAGAAAGGAGUGGAAUUACUCCAUUAUAAAGAUGGUGCAUUUCAUACUGAAUAUAACAGAGCGGUCACAUUGAAGUCUAUGGUGGCCUUUCUCAAGGAUCCAGAAGGUGCUCCACUGUGGGAGGAGGAUCCUGAAGCCAAAGAUGUUGUGCAUGUUGACAGUGAAAAGGAAUUAAGAAGGCUUCUGAAGAAGGAGGACAAACCCCUUCUGAUGAUGUUCUAUGCCCCAUGGUGUGGUGUUUGUAAGAGAAUGAUGCCAUCCUACCAGCAGGCAGCGACAGAACUGAAGGGUAAAUACGUUCUUGCAGGGAUGAAUGUUUACUCUGCUGAAUUUGAGAGGAUAAAGGAAGAAUACGGUGUCCGGGGAUAUCCUACAAUCUGCUAUUUUGAGAAAGGAAAGUUCCUGUUCCACUUUGAGAACUACGGUGCUACUGCGGCAGAUAUAGCAGAGUGGCUGAAAAACCCACAGGCACCUCAGCCACAGGCUCCAGAAACUCCCUGGGCGGAUGAAGAAAAUGUAGUUUAUCACCUCACUGAUGAGGACUUCGACAAGUUUAUAAAAGAUCAUUCAUCUGUGCUAGUGAUGUUCCAUGCACCAUGGUGUGGGCACUGUAAGAAAAUGAAGCCAGAAUAUGAGAAGGCUGCAGAGUUUCUCCAUGUAGCCAGUGAUAGUCCAGGUGUUCUUGCAGCAGUCGAUGCUACUGUCAACAAGGCAUUGGCAGAAAGAUACCACAUCUCAGGGUUUCCCACUCUGAAGUAUUUUAAGGAUGGGGAGGAGAAAUACACCCUGCCACACCUCAGAACAAAGAAGAAAAUCAUCGACUGGCUGCAAAAUCCUGAAGCACCGCCUCCACCUGAGCCUGCAUGGGAAGAAAAACAGACUAGUGUUAUCCACCUUGCUGGAGAAGACUUCAGGGAGUCCUUGAAAAAGAAGAAGCACACCCUUGUCAUGUUUUAUGCACCAUGGUGUCCCCACUGUAAAAAUGCCAUUCCACAUUUUACAACUGCUGCUGAAGUCUUUAAAGAAGAUCGGAAGAUUGCCUACGCUGCAGUGGACUGUGCCAAAGAACAGAACCACGACCUGUGUAAGCAGGAGGGGGUGGAUGGCUACCCCACCUUCAACUAUUACAACUACGGGAAAUUUGUGGAAAAAUAUACUGGAGAGAGAGGGGAGUCUGGAUUCACCACCUUCAUGCGAACCUUGAGAGAAAGAGACCAUGAAAGAGUAGGGAAGAGGAAGGAUGAGUUGUAGUUUCUGCCUCAGAAGAAGCUUUCCGCUGCACUGUGAAUGGUUCCAGGUCUUUUGUUAAUGAACCUGAGACUUCACAUAUUCUCAAGACAGAGACUUUUUUUUUUAUAAACAGCCAUGGCCAUUUUGUACAAUUUUGAAAUAAAAUGAAACC